UUUUGACCUACAUUUAUUUUUACGCCUCUCUGUUUAUUUUCUAAAAUGCCAGAAGGAGGUGGUAUCGGUGCACGAAAAGUAGAAGAGAAGGCGGUGACAACAUUCAGAGAGUAUCUACGGAUCAAAACAGUACACCCGGAUCCCGAUUAUGAUGGCGCUCUGGCAUUUCUAAAGAAACAAGCAUCGGAACUUGGCUUGCCAUUUGCAUGUACUGAGCUGCAUCCAGGGAAAAUUAUAUUAGUAAUGACUUGGGAAGGAUCAGACCCGAGCCUGCCUUCCAUCUUGUUGAAUUCUCAUACAGAUGUCGUCCCCGUGUUUCCAGAACAUUGGAAAUAUGAUGCAUUUGAGGCUGUUAAGACUAGUGAAGGGGAUAUCUAUGCUAGGGGAACACAGGAUAUGAAAUGUGUAGGCAUACAAUAUCUUGAAGCAAUAAGAAGUCUCAAGUAUGUUGGUUACUGUCCACUGAGAACAAUACACCUGUCAUUUGUUCCAGAUGAGGAAAUUGGAGGGAAGUUAGGAAUGAAAUUGUUUGUUCAUCAUGAAGAUUUCAAGAAAUUAAAUGUCGGAUUUGCCCUGGAUGAAGGUCUCGCUAACCCUACUGAAAAGUUUACAGUAUUCUAUGGAGAAAGAUCACCCUGGUGGAUCCGAGUGAAAUGCACAGGUAACCCAGGACAUGGUUCCAGAUUCAUUGAGAACACAGCUGCUGAGAAAGUGAGGAAAGUGAUAAAUUCCUUCCUGAAUUUCAGAGAGGAAGAAGAGAAAAAAUUGAAUACUAAUGCCUGUUUAAAGCUGGGUGACGUCACAACUCUUAAUAUGACAAUGUUAGAGGGUGGAGUGCAAUACAAUGUGGUUCCUACAGAGCUCUUUGCAGGCUUUGACAUUAGAGUGGCCCCUACAGUGGAUAUGGAACAGUUUGAGGAGACAAUAAGAGGAUGGCUGAAAGAUGCUGGGGAUGGUAUCAGCUAUGAAUUCAUUCAGAAAAAUACAGACCAAACCCUCACAUCAACUAGUGAGAAUGAUGUCUGGUGGAGAACUUUCAGUGAUGCUUGUAAGAAAAGGAACAUGGUUUUGGAGAAGGAGAUCUUCCCAGCUGCUACAGAUAGCAGAUUCCUUAGAGAGUUGGGUUAUCCCGCAAUUGGGUUUUCACCAAUCAACAAGACUCCUAUACUACUGCAUGACCACAAUGAGUUUCUAAAUGAGGACAUUUUCAUGGAGGGUAUACCCAUCUAUGUCGAUAUCAUCAAAGCUCUUGCAGAUAUUCCAAUGCAAGCAAAAUAAUUGAAUGUUACGGCUACUGUAGGCCUGGUUCAUUU